AUGUAUGCAGCCGCACAUGUUCACUUUAUCAACGGACUGGAGAAUAAUACCUUUAAUGAAUUUACUCGUCUUUUAAAUGCAGCAAAUGCAUCGAAUGAUAUCAGAAGUCUAAAGGAAAUGUACGUCGACUUUUUAGUGCGUGAAAAUUGUGUGUAUACGUUGGAUGAUCAAAGAAAGUUUCUUGGAUUGUUUGCCAACAGUGAUGAAUCAAGUCCAGCACAAAUUGAAUCUCAACUGGAGGACAUUGCUAAACAGCAUUUAACACGUCUUGUUCAAGCCGAAUUGGAUGCAUUUUGUGCCACCAAUCCCGAAUUUCCUCCUCCAAGAGAUCCUGCACUUCCUAGUGGCACAUUGAUUAUUUUGGAUCGUACGAUUGAUCAUAUCUCUCCCUUUUUACAUGAAUUCACCUACCAAGCCAUGGUAGCGGACUUACUUCAGGUGGAAGAAAUCCCCGCUGGUCUCAAAUACGAAUACAAGUACACGCAGGAAGACGGUACCACGCAGGAUCAAGAGGUGACCUUGAUCGAAACCGAUCCUGUCUAUACCGCCAUUCGUCAUAUGCAUAUUGCUUCCACCACCGAAAAGCUCAUUGAUGAUUUUAAUGCGUUCUUGAAUGAAAACAAAAUUUCAUCGGGUGGAGGUCCUACAACGGCUGUGAGUUUAAAUGAUAUGAAGAACAUGAUUGGUAAUUUACCUCAGUAUCAGGAAAUGAAGACACGGUUUUCGGCUCAUAUGAAUAUUGCCGCUGCUUGCAUGACCGAGUUCAAGGAUCAGAAUCUAGAGACGAUUGGUCUGUUAGAACAGGACAUGGCAUGUGGAGAAACUCCCGAUGGAGAGCAGCCUACGAACCUGGUAGAGUCCUUACUACCUAUCCUGGACGAUCCUUUUACCAGCAACAUGGUCAAGACCCGUCUGAUUUUGCUUUGGAUUGCCACUUCAGACACGGUGGAUCCUGAAGAUCUCGAGUCCUUGCUUUCGGUCGCUCGUCUGGACCAAGAGUUCAAGGAUGCGAUUGAAAACAUCACCUUGCUAGGCGUACAAUUAUCCAAAUCCGCCAAUCGACAAGGACAAAAGACCAAGAAGGGCAAGAAGAAGAAGAACAUCCAGCAAGAGGUUCCCUUUGAUUUGUCACGUUAUGUGCCUGUGGUGAAACGUAUCGUACAGGGUCAUAUUGAUAAUACCAUCGAUCAAAGUUUAUUCCCCAAUUAUACGAGCAAGAAUGUUCGUCAAAAGAGUCUUCGUAGAGAUCCAUCCGAAGUCGUAAAGGAGGUACCCAAGUUGCGGGUUUAUAAAACUCAGUGGCAUAAGAAAUCCACAGGUGCCAACGCUGCACCUAAACCUCCUUCGGGCCCUCCCAUUAUUAUCUUUAUUGUGGGUGGUAUGACGUAUUCCGAAAUCCGAUCCGCUUAUGAGAUCGCAGAGACCUUUGACCGUGAAGUUUAUAUUGGAUCCACUCAUAUUAUUACACCUGAUAAAUUUGUUGAAGACUUGGGUAAGUUAGACAAGGUUUUACCACCUCCCAAGAGUGUGGUCCCUGUCUACACUGGUAGUAUUCAUGCCACGACGAAAAAGACGACGGAAAAGAUUCUUCCACCUCGUACGACGUCUACCGUUCCAGCCUCAAACUCUUCUAAACCUUACAAUUUGUUCAAAAAGAAUUAA